GGUCAUAAUUUUAUUAAUUUUUGAAACCUAAUACAACCCGACUCACUAGGGGCAAUGGUAGGAAGGAGCUGGGUGGAGAAAACCUCCGGUCUUGCACCAUAAAAGAAUAUGCAAUCAGUUGUUUCUUUACAAUUUCGAGGAAUAUACAUUCAUCAAGCCAAGCAAUAUUUGGCUAAUUAGUUACAAUACAAAUCAUAUGUCUGUAUAUGUUAGGGUGAAUUCACAAAGCUGGUUCCCACUUUUGCCAAUGAAGGAAUUUGGUGAAAGUGGGAACUUCGAUUUUCUAGGUGUUCGAGUGAAAUAGUGGUAUUCGCUCGAACUGCCCCUCGGAGUUCGAGCGAACCACGUUGCGGACCUGGGUUCGCUCGAACCGUAGGUGACUUUGUACGGGCCAAAAUCAAGCCUAUUGGUUCGAGCGAAUGGGGGUUCUCUCGAACCAUAAUGGAUUCGAGCGAACCCCAUUCGCUCGAAGUACUAUUCAUUUGAACCCUCUAAUUUGAGGUUUCUCCCAAAAAUUUUCAGAAUUCUGAAGAAUUAAUGACUUCGGAGCUCUGGUUCAAAGCACGAAUGAAAUAAUCUUGAUAACCCAAAAAUAUUAGAUUGUAGUACUCAGAGCAAACUUUCCAACGAGUAUAAUUUUGUUGUAUUUUGAAUUUAUUAUGUUCUUGUUUUUUUAAUUUUAUGGAAAAUUGGUUUUUCAUUGAACAUGAACUUCUAUGUUCAAUGCAUUGGGAAAAAUAAGAAACUAAUUCAAAAAAAUUCUAAAAAAUAUCUAUGCCCCUGGUAUUGAUGUCUUCUUUCUAACAAAAAAAAUAAAAUUGAAUUUCGAUUUAUAUAGAACAAGUUAUGUGUUCAAACGUAAACCUAUGUCUAAAUUAUGACUAGUCGGCCUUCAAAACUUUAUAAAAUGAAAAAUAUUGAACAUAUUACUAUAAAACCAAAUGCAAGCCCUGGAUAUUGAUGUUACAAAGCAAAAUUCAAAAGAAUUGAGUUUUUAUCAUUUAUAGAAAAAAAGUUAUACGUUUCGGGAGGCACCUCACUCUUAAAAAAUGUAGUUUGUUGUAAAAAACUACUUUUCGAGGGAGAUGGAAAUUUUUUAAAAAAAUCAUUCAAAAAAAUUUGAAAAAAAUGUAUAUAGGAUCUACAAACAAAAUGCUAGAAAUCACUAAUUUACAUCAUCUUCAAAUUUUUAAUAGUUUAAAAGUUAUAGUUCUCGGAAGUUGAAGAUUAUUUUAAAAAUGUACAUCUUAGUGUCAAAAGUGGCAAAAAAGUGGGAACCAUUAUUGUGAGUUCACCCUACAAGGUAUUGCCAUAAAUUUGAGCUUAUGAAGUAGCAAGAUGCAUAGCCCCUAUCUGUUUAUCCCCAAUAAGGCAUUUUGUUGUUCUUUGCUUUAUCUUUCCCAUGGAAACUAAACUCUUGAAUCUCGAGUUCAUAGUAUCAAUAGUUUGUGAUAGAUGUGAUUCCCUACACUUCCAAAGCCAAAAAAUAAAACAACUUCCAAACUCUAGAUCGGCUGGUAGUCAUCAAAUAAAACCAUGCAAAUAAUCUAACUUCGUAGAGUAUUCCAAAUAAUCAUAAAGUUGAGAGGUGCCCUGACAAGCUAUCUAAAAUGAUCUUGUCAUCUGAAGCCUUGUAAGAUCCUAUAAUGCUGAAAAAUUCACAGCUCAACAGUAGGGGUUAGGCGAAAUAGAUAUCAUUAUGCACCCUAUCCAUAUCAUCUGCUAUCCUUACUCAAGCUGAAAUAAUUUUUCAGUCAUCCAAAAUGAAAUUUAAACCAUCUUGAAAAUAACAAGUCAUGUUUAGCCAUCUAUAAUAUGAAAUUUAAUCCAACCUUGAUAUGUUAACACUUAUACUCAAGACAGACUCAAGAUAGAUGGGCCAAUUAUGAAAUACUAAGAUAACCAUAAUAAGAUGCCCAUCCUUAUCAAGCAUAAAUCUCAUUAGAGAUAAGCAAUAACUUACUGAAAUCAGAGUAAAACUAACAACAAAAAAAUCUAGAAUGCCAGAGAAAUAAUAAUAUUACUUGAGAAGGAAUUAAUCAUCUACCCUUUACUGGUGCAUAUUGAAGAUAGAACCAAAGAGAUACUAUGAAUCAACCAAGAUUGAAAUCUAAAAUCUUAAAAUGCUCAAUAACCAAAGAGCCACAUAACCCCACCCAAAGGCCGAAUUACAUGAGGGCACUUUAAUUCUCCAGCAUCGUCAAUAACAACAUUUCAUAAACCAUGCAUCAAAAUUCCAAUGAAUAAAAGUAAUAAAAGUAUUUGAGAAGGAAUUAUCUCUAUCCCAGUGACCAGAAGGGAAUCAACCAGACUAUUCAUGCCUUACACACACACACACACACACACACACACAGUCCAGAAGGGAAUCAACCAGACUAUCUGCAUAUGUUAGGCCUUGCAGAUAGUAUGCAAGGGAUUGUACAGUCUGUACAGGCUUUAAAUAGCGAACUGGAUAGCUAUCAUAGUUGGCGGGAGGGAUUGCGUGCAUUUUACGUUGAUGGACUAACAUACUAACAAGUCAAUGAAUUAAAAAUAACAAAAAUGGAUUUGAAACAAUAUUUUGUGAACCCUAAGACGGGUGAAGAUAUAGAUCAGAACAAGCCACGGAUCUCAAUUCGAUGGUGUAGGCACCUAGGCAUAGCAGACACUUUUGGGAGUGAUGGUGGAUGGUCUUUGACUAUCCACCACACUCCAAUCAUGAGUUCCCGAUGUAUUUUUUGAAAAAAUUAUGGGCCGAAUUUGAUUUGGGUAAAAAGCCCAAUUACUUUGAUAUUAGACAAUUUUAGGGGGUCAGGAGAGGCGUGCCCCAGGAUAGGUCGGGAGCCAAAUUGAGCGAUAGGGUUAGAAACCAUGUGCGCGAUGAUCCCUUGGUUCCUCUUCCUACACCAGUUGUUCCAGCGCCUGCCCAUCAUCGAGCAAUGGAUUCUUCUCUUGGUUCAUUGAGUGCCAUGUCGGGCAAUUUGGUACAGCAGUUGCGCGAGGUGAGGGCUACCCCCAGCUUAGCACAUGUUUGCAUGAGCUACGGGGAUGUCUAUACGGGUCCACAGAGUGAGGCUGCCCCUAGAGGAGAUGGUGAUUUUGAUGAUGCUGAUGCUGCCCAUGGUGGUUAUGAUGAUGUCAAGGAGGCUGCACAUGUUGAUGCCAUCUCUUCAUAUAUUGAUCUCCUGUGGGCAGACGAUGAUCAACCUAUAGAGAGGAUGGAUCAUACCACAUCAUUGAGGAACCGACAUCAUGUUACCUCGAUACGUAGAGAUGUUGGUGCCCCAUUUACGGGUGCUUCGUGUAGCACCAAGGUGAGUAGUUUUUCACGUGACCCGUGGACCGCUGAGGCUCAGCCUCAUAUACCACUAGCUUCUGGAUUGUUUGAUGUUGCAUCACAUGUACACCUUCACCCAUCAGUUACUUUGCCUGCAUCACAUGUCGAUACCACUACCAAUCGAUACCACUACCAGUAUUGGUAUGGCUAUGGGAUUGAGCCAGAUGCAACCCUCGACAUUGUCAUUUGCGGACUUGACUACAACCACUUUUUUUGUUCAUGAUAGUGGACCUCCACGUACCAGUGAGGGCAUUGUAGAGCACGGUCGUAUGGAGGGUGGAGACACUGAUACUGCACAAGAGGGUGGAGAUACUGAUAUUGCACACACACAGGAUGGUGCAUCUCAGAACCACGUGCAAUAGGAUGAUUCAUCUCAGCCACUUUCACGUGGAGUGAAGAGGACUGUAGCUGAGAUGCACGCGAGUUCUUAGAUUAUAUAUUUUAGAUCAUGUCAUGUUAUUGUAUUAUGGACUUUUUAUGAUGACACUUGUUAUGUUA